GAUCCGCCGCUCGGCCAGCAGCUUCGCCUCCUUUGCCGGCGGCUGGCGCUUCCGGUUCCGGUAGCCGCUAACCGCUAACCGCGCUGGGUCGGAGGCUCCAGCCAUGGCAGGCAGCCUGCUUAAGGACUCGGGACCUCAUGCGGGCUGGGGUCCUGAAGGAGAAGCCCCUCUGGUUCGACGUAUAUCACGCCUUCCCCCCGCUGAGGGAGCCGGUCUUCCGAAGGCCUCUCCUGCGAUACGGAAAAGCCAAAGCUCCCAUCCAGGACAUCUUCUACCACGAGGACCUGAUUAGAGCGAAAUUUUAUUCAACCUAUGGAUCUGGUCAAAAAGCUUUUGAUCUGUUCAACCCAAACUUCAAGUCUACCUGUCAACGGUUUGUGGAGAAGUACUUAGAGCUACAGAAACUUGGAGAAACAGAUGAAGAGAAAUUAUUUGUGGAAGCAGGGAAGGCUUUAUUGGCAGAAGGUGUCAUUUUAAGACGAGUAGGAGAAGCAAGGGCUGACAGUAGUCACGUUUCCUCGAAAUCUGAACCCACGGGUGUCAAACUCCAAACUUUGUUGGAAAAAAUCCAGCCUCUGAAGGAAGUUCAACAGGACCAGCAUUUGGAGGCACCAGAAGAGCAGUCGAAAGGCCCCUCACCUCCCUGAAGAACUUGUAUACCACGUGUACUGACAUCCAAACUGUGCUCACUGGAUGAAUGUUGAACUAUUUUCAACAGUUAAGCUGUGUAAAUGUUUCUGGAUCUCGAAGGCCUUAUGUUUGCCGUCUUUUAGUUCCUGUUGCUAGGUUGUCAUAAAGCUCAGUAUCAUGCUUUGAAAGAAGCAGUUAUGUGAACUUUUAUGUUAGGACGCUCUUCAAUAAAGAAUUCCUUAGCUGCU